CCUGGGAGAAUGUGCUGCAGUAUCCGGACAAUCGUGUGUCUACUCCUCGGGAUUCACUGGGCGAGUGCCCGACGGGGUUUCGGACCCGGGGAGCAGGACUGGGGUUACGUGGACGUCCGCGAGGGAGCGCAUAUGUUCUACUGGCUCUACUACACCACAGCCAACGUGAGCACCUACACGGACCGUCCUCUAGUCCUCUGGCUGCAGGGCGGACCCGGAGGCGCCUCCUCCGCCUUGGGCAACUUCCGAGAGCUGGGACCCUUGGACUUCAAGGGUCAACCACGAGAAGGGAACUGGGUGCGGCACGUGAACCUUCUCUUCAUAGAUAAUCCUCUAGGGGCAGGCUUCAGCUACGUGGAUAACUCCAGCUUGCUGGUGACCAACAACGAGGAGCUUGUGGACGACCUGAUGGCCUUCAUGAUGCACUUUUACAAGCGACACAGCGAGUUCAAGGAGGUUCCUCUGCACAUCUUCUCGGAGAGCUACGGCGGCAAGAUGGCACCUGCGUUGGCCAUCCGCCUGGAUAAGGCCAUGAGCUUGGGGGAGUUGGGAGCUUUGGGAACCUUGAAGUCCGUCACCUUGGGCAAUCCCUGGAUAUCCACCCGCCACGUCUGCAAGGAGUACUCUCGGUAUUUGUUCGUGAACGGGCUGAUCGACGAGGACGGAGUGGCACAGGUAGACGCGAGUGUGAAACGAAUCUUCGAGGCUCUGGAUGAUAAUGAAUUCGAAAAGGCCACAGACGCAUACUUUUCUUGGUUCAAACUCAUGCAGGAGCUCACCGGCGAGGUAUUCUCGUACAAUACACAGACCCAUGUUGAUUCGUCCGAGGACCGCAGCUACGGCUACGGGGAAGACAUCAGGCAAUUUAUGGAGGACACCGUGGGCAAGGCUUUGCAAAUCAACGGCAGUGUAUUUGGAGCACAAGCUUACCUGGCGCACGACAACCUUUAUGCGGACACUUCAAUAGCGACUAUUGAUGACAUUCCCCUGCUGCUUAACGAGACCUCCAUCAAGGUCAAUCUGUAUUCCGGCCAGCUGGAUAUUAUAGUGCCGACUGCAGCCACCUUGGCCUUGAUCCAGGACUGGGUCUGGGUAAAUAAGUCGCAGUACCUCCAGGCUAAUCGUACUCCCAUCGUGAUCGAGGGCAGACUGCAGGGCUACGAGAAAGUCGGCGGCAAGUUCGGGAUGUACUGGAUCAACCGAUCGGGUCACAUGGCGCCGGAAGACAACCCGACGGCCAUGGAGUACGUCCUGAAAGUAGUCACACAGUACGACAACGAUGUAUUGAAAUAAAACGAACUAAAGAUAUCCCAAAUCGAUCUUAUUUGUAUUCCAAAUUGCAAGAACAAAAUAAGUUAAGUAAGUAAUUAGAUACAACUUUAAACUGUACGCCAAGAUAUGCUGAGAAAAAAUAAAUUCAAAAUUCUGUUUGAUUCAG